GAAGGUGAACGUGUGACUGGACGGGAGCCCAGAGCUCGGGACAGCUCCGGCGUCAGCCAAUCAGAGCAGCAGGGGGCUCCGGUACUGGGUCCGAACCAUGCCGGUGAGACGGGGCCACGUGGCGCCUCAGAACACUUUCCUGGACACCAUCAUCCGCAAAUUUGAGGGACAGAAUCGAAGGUUUAUCAUUGCCAACGCACAGGUGGAGAAUUGUGCAAUCAUCUUCUGUAAUGACGCCUUCUGUAAGAUGUGUGGUUACACGCGUGCGGAGGUCAUGCAGAAACCCUGCACCUGCAGCUUCCUUUACGGACCUCACACCAAGAGACCCGCCGUGGCCCAGAUGGCUAAAGCGCUGCUUGGAGCAGAGGAGAGGAAGGUGGAGAUUUCCCUCUACACUAAAGAAGGAGAGUGUUUCCACUGCGCCAUCGACGUGGUUCCCGUGAAGAACGAGGAUGGCCUAGUCAUCAUGUUCAUUCUCAACUUCGAGCUCCCCACUGAUCCCAGACCCGCCAACAGCUCACCCGCCAAGGAGCUCAACAGAGUGCUGCAGAUCCCCUGGCUGACCCUGGCCCGGCGGCAGCGUCUGCGCGGCCUCCUGCAAUCCCUCAGCUCCAGCACCAGUGUCCUCCCCCAGGAUUCAGAGCUGGGGGCUCCCCAAGCCGACCUCCCUCCCCUGGGACACCAGUCUGUGGCCCUGGACAAGCUGCUGCCCCUUCCUGAGAGACAGCAGCUUGAGGAGGUGUUGCUGUGGGACCCAGAACGGGAGGAGGAAGAAGAAGAGCGAGUGAGAGGAGGCCAAAGAGGAGGAGAGAGGGGCUCUUUGGUGGCGAGGAGGCGAAGGAGCGAGGGCGACAGAAGGAAAAAGGAUGGAGCUGAUGUUGGUGGGUUGCUGCUGGAUUUAAGUGGAGGAGGAGUAGGGCGGAUGAGAGGGAAGGAGCUCCUCACAGGUCCGUCUCAAGUUCCAGCUUCAGCACCUCCAACAUUGGGCCAUCCAUCCGCGCCACAGAGGAACCAUCCUUCCAGCAUGUUGGAUGGCAGCUGUAGGACAUUAAGACAUUCCUCCUCAGAGGACGCCAUCAAGAGCGGACAGAGUUACUGGGAGAAGAGGCUGCAGCUGAGACACAGCUGUACUGCUGGGAUGGUAACCACCAGAAAGAGCAGCGUGCCAACUGGAACGUCAGACAGUUACUCGCGCCGGCGGACCAACAGCCAGCAGAUGACCCGGAGCCUGCAGGACACAAAGACGGAGGCCUACGUGGCGUUGCCUCCAGGGGAAAUGAGACCCCCCUGCAAACUGAUUGACCGAACACACCAUGUCACAGAGAAAGUCACCCAGGUGCUGUCUCUGGGUGAUGAUGUGUUACCUGAGUACAAACUGCAGACUCCCAGGAUCCAGAAGUGGACCAUACUUCACUACAGUCCUUUCAAAGCUGUGUGGGACUGGGUCAUUUUGCUCCUAGUCAUUUAUACGGCCAUAUUUACUCCGUACUCUGCUACAUUUCUACUAAGUGACCAGGAGGAGGCAGCGAUACAAACCUGUGGUUACUCCUGUUCCCCCCUCAACGUGGUGGAUCUUAUAGUGGACAUCAUGUUCCUCGUUGACAUCAUCAUCAACUUCAGGACCACGUAUGUUAAUUCCAAUGAUGAGGUGGUGAGCCAGUCCUCUCGCAUUGCUGUCCACUACUUCAAAGGCUGGUUCCUAAUUGACAUGGUGGCCGCCAUUCCCUUUGACCUCCUCAUCUACCGCUCAGGAGAGGAGGUGGUUAGGGGAGGUGGAGAGGGAGAGACCACCACGCUGAUCGGCCUGCUGAAGACAGCUCGCUUACUGCGGUUGGUUCGUGUAGCCAGGAAGUUGGACCGUUACUCAGAGUAUGGUGCAGCUGUCCUCUUCCUCCUCAUGUGCACCUUUGCCCUCAUCGCCCACUGGCUGGCCUGCAUCUGGUACGCCAUAGGGAAUGUGGAGCGGUCUUCCUCGGCUGGGAUUGGCUGGUUGGACAAUCUGGGCGAGCAGCUCGGGAGGCCGUACAACGAGUCCAUCAUCGGGUCAGGUCCUUCCAUCAGAGAUAAAUAUGUUACGGCUCUGUACUUCACCUUCAGCAGUCUGACCAGCGUUGGCUUCGGGAACGUCUCCCCAAACACCAACUCUGAGAAGAUCUUCUCCAUCUGCGUCAUGCUCAUAGGAGCUCUGAUGUAUGCCAGUAUAUUCGGUAACGUGUCAGCCAUUAUCCAGCGGCUGUACUCUGGCACGGCACGCUACCAUGCUCAGAUGAUGAGAGUUCGAGAGUUCAUCCGCUUCCACCAGAUCCCCAACCCUUUGAGGCAGCGGCUGGAGGAGUACUUCCAACACGCUUGGUCAUACACUAAUGGAAUAGACAUGAAUGCUGUUUUAAAAGGUUUCCCUGAGUGUCUCCAGGCCGACAUUUGUCUGCACCUCAACAGAUCCCUGCUCAUCAACUUUAAGGCUUUUAAAGGAUCUACUAAGGGCUGUGUAAGGGCCCUGGCCAUGAGGUUUAAGACCACCCAUGCUCCUCCUGGUGACACUCUGGUCCACACUGGAGACCUGAUAUCAGCUCUGUACUUCAUCUCUAGAGGAUCCAUAGAGAUCCUCAAAGGAGACGUGGUGAUAGCUAUCCUGGGGAAGAAUGAUGUCUUUGGAGAGCCCAUUAAUCUGUUUGCUCUCCCUGGAAAAUCCAGCGCAGAUGUCAGAGCUUUGACUUACUGUGAUCUGCACACAAUACAAAGGGAGGAUAUGCUGGAGGUUCUGGGCAUGUAUCCAGAAUUUUGUGAAUAUUUCUGGUCCAAUUUGGAGAUCACCUUCAAUCUCAGAGAUCUGAAGGAUGAAGACUCGGACUGUGAGGGCUCCAGCACGUCUCUGAGGAAACACAAAAUGUCUUCCAUUCACAAAGGUGACGCCAUGCCAGCAGGGAGAGAGCGAGUUGGAUGUUCCAGACAGCAGCGGGCAGGCAGCAACAGAGAUGAUCAUCAACCAACAAGUGACAAUGAAGGGGAGGAUUCAGAGGAUAGCAUCCCCGCUCAGACUUCCAAUCCUGCUGCUGCCACAAAGGACAUGAGGGAGAGGACCUGUAACCCUUUAACAGACGCCUUGUCAGGAGUGUCCAACAUCUUCUCCUUCUGGGGAUCAGAAAGUCGAGAGGAGCCGAGAUACCAGGAGGUGCCCUGCUCCCACAGCCUUCCCUCACCUCCUCCUCAGCCCCCCUCCCUGGAGCUUUUAGACAUGCCCUUCUGCUCCCACUGUCCAUCCAGCACGGCUCCUCCUUUGUCCAUCCCUUGGAGGAAGAAAGUGGAGUUGGAGAAGAGGCUGGAAGCACUGCAGACACAGAUAACCAGGUUGGAGUCUCAUGUGUCAGCAGACAUCGGGACCAUCAUGCAGCUGCUGCAGAGGCAAAUGCCAAUGAUCCCACCUUCCUACAGCACCCUGACACCAACAUCAAACGCCCCCCCCACCACCAAUGCUGCCUCCCCAACUGGCACCCCGAGCCUCGCCUCACCCACAUACAAGUCACCAACCACCAACUCUGGGCAGCGACUGUCGAAUGAAAACACAGAUCAACCACAUGAACCAGAAUCUACCGCUCUGGAUUUUGGUCCCUCGGUCUCCCAUGUGGCUGCCCCCUCCCCGCUUACGCACACCUCAGUCAUUCACACCUCAUAUCACUCACUGUUUUCUUCCCCCAACGUCCCCCAGGAUGCCUUUUCAUCCUCAUCCCUUCCUCAAACUUCCCUCAUGGCUUGCGCCUCUGUGCUUCCUAAGACUGGAAGUCAAUGUGUGUUUCAUUCAUACUCCCGGCCUUCACCGCUGAGCCCCCCGAACCUUCAGUGGCCAGAGAGGCUCGAUCAACGACUGCUUCCUGUUCGGACCCAGAGCUCAGACUCAGUCUCACAGCAUCUGAACUCAGAAUGUGAGGUCCAGUCCUCCAGACGCCCAUCUGAUGACAGACAACCGCUCCUUCCGACGGAGGAAAAACCCUGUCCUCCCCCCAUCCUUCAGUCAGAGCUUCUGCCCAAAAGUGGAAUCAACCAAUGAGGGGGAGGGUCCACGGCUUUCAUCUGCUCAACACAAUACAGAAUGGCCAGCGGUGCAUGUCGGUCCCGGGUUCACUGGACAGCAUGUGGCUUACUCAGCACCACAGUUCAAACCCAGCAGGUCAACGGUUAGUGAUGAAGAGGUUUGGUGAGAGCCAGCUGAACUUUGUGUACAUGUAAGAUUAUCUAUAAAUAAUGUGGUAGUUUACAAACCUCAAACCCACGUGCUCUUUGUUUAGACCUGUGUGUGUAGAGUUCAGGAGUUGUUAAUUGUGUCCUCUUUUUAGCUGUUGUUUGGUCGGCUAAUAAAACUGUUCAGCAUUGCAGGUGAACAUUUCUUUUGAUUCCUUAUUGAGGUUUGUUUUGUAAAUAUUUCUAUUUUUCUCUGGCUAAAACUAUUAUUCAAAGCUGAAUGCUCUCCCUGACCUUUUUUGAGUAGGCCUAUUGUAAUCUGAAAUGUUUGAUAAAGAGCUUUUCUGUGUGUAUCUGGAAGGUUCUGCCCACACAUUCACAGCUCGUAUAACCACAGCCUGCAAAUACACACAAAAACUCACAAAUGCAAACAGAAAGAUUCAAAACGUUGCACAGAACAUUUCACAAAUACGUUUGAUUUACUAAUGCACAUUUACAAAUAAAUUUGACUCAAAUACUUGCAGAACGAUUAGCAAAUACACUCCAAUGCACCAAUAAGUAAAUUAUGAAUAUCUUUCUGUAUUUGUGUGUGGAUUUGUCUAUUUGUUUGUGGAUUUCUCCACAUUUGUGUGUGUGUGUUUUUUUGAGACUCCUCUGAUGUGGCUCGAUUCGCAAAGGUGUGUGUUUUUUAAUAUGGAUCUAUCUGUAGCCAAUCAGAUGCCCUCAUUUUCAACCAAUCCCAUUUCAAUCAAGAAAAUUAACAAAUGAAUUAAUUCAGAUUAAAAGUUUGUUUUUCUUCAAAGACUAAAUCUUAUGAAUGAACGAGUAAUCACUUUAGAAAGUGUAUUUUUUAGAUGCUGUGUAAUUUAAACACAAAACUACACACAUGUGAUCACCAUGGAGGCAGAAUUCCACCUGGUGGAACAUGUUGAACUAGCGACUCUUCCUGCUUUCCUCGUGCACUUUGCUCUCAACUCUCCAUCAUUUGAUGGCUGUGUUUGAAAUGCCAACAUCUCCCGACAUUUAGCCAGGACGAUUUCCGAACCAUGGUCUUUUAGGGACACAGUGGUGAUCCUCUGCAGGGUAGAUGUUUUGGAAGUAGCCUAGCAGUUAGCUUAGCCUAGCAGUUAGCUUAGCCCAGCAGUGCAUCCAGUGGUCCAUUUGCCACUUACUCCUUCUGUUUGACAUGUGGAGGAAUUCCUCUGCACAGUUCUCCACUGUAUAUAUGUGUGUAGCAGCUUACAUUAAGGGUAGGAGGCUGGAGGGGGGGGGGGGGGGGGCAAAUAACGUUACACUAUAGGCAAAUAGAAAAAUCCACACAGAAAUACAUACAAACGCAGAAAUAAAUUCAGAAUUUAUGUAGGUGUGACUGAAAUGAAUGAAAAGACAUGUAGUGUUGUAUGGGGCUGUCACAUUUUAGGAGAACAGGCUGGUGUAGCACAGGUGGGGAGUUGUAUGUAUGAUACGGUGAAUGGAGUUAAAAAAUAAGAAAUACCAAACAAAGACUAGUGUUACAGUAGAUCCAGUCAGUAAUGUUAUAUGUACUCUACAGUUUAUGUGUUUCCUAACUUCUGUAAGUGGCACAUUAUGUUUUAGCUCUGCUACUAAUGUAUUUGCUCACACAGUGUAGCUGAUCAAUUUGCUCAGUCAACCUAAGAAGAAUUCCUUUGAGUGAGUUGUAUUUAUGUUAUUUUAUUAUCGUCACUAUUUAUAGACUCUCUUUCAAAAGCUUCUACCAGUACAUGACGUUUAACAACCUUCAGCACCCUUGAUAUGAUAUUGAUAUGAUAUGUUUUGAGGUUGUUUAGAGGUUCUUUCGGAACCUGCCCCCGCAAUUAUGAAGCAAUAAGGUAUGGGAGGCUAUACUGCGCGUCGGGCUAACGCCCUCGAACUGUUACAUUAUUGAAGAUAAAGUACUGCCUAAAGUUCCUUAUUGCUUUUAUCACACGGUUACCAGCGAUGUUAUACAUAGUAAGUAAAUAUCUGCCUUUCAGCACAAAAUAGUUGUAGACACCAAAUGUUGUGUAUCUCAUUUCAGAAAAACCGGUUGCAAAAGCUUGCAUCGCCUAAAACCGAUCAUUUGUGGUGUUUCCGCUCUUUGGGCGACCGUCACCGUGCUAAAACUGAAAUGACAACUACCACUCAUUGGACUAUUUCAGAUGGGAUUGAUAGAAACUAAAAAAUAAACCAAUGUCAUUAAUUUAAGUUAUAGGUCAUGUAAUUUGGGGGAUUGAUGUGAACUCAAAUUUUGAGAAAUUAAAUUCACAUUAUUUUCUUCAGGUGAAGACAUUUAUGAGAUGUGUAAAAUCACAUUGUCAUUUGCAAAAACCUGGUUUAACUUGUUCUGUAAAAAAAUGUUUCUAUUACCAUUGUAUAACAAAAAAUGUGUUAUCUCAAAAUGGUAACACAUCUUAUUUCAUUCAUACAAAAUUAUAUAAAUUGAAUUAAAAACUGAAAAAUAUAAAUGUAUCACUAAUACUUGCAUUGGGCAUUGGGUUACCAGGCUUUACCAGGCUCUAUUUUAAUCCAGUGGCUUUUAUUGUUUAAAUAGUGUAUGGCUACGGCUAGGACAACACAAUUUAUUUUCAGUUUUCUUUGACAAAUUGUCGAGACAAUAUUGGUUCUCUUUUCUGCUCAGAUAUAUUGAAUUCGACCACCUUAUUGAUUAACCUUUCACAUAAAAACCAAUUUCUGUGUUUAAAAUACUGUUUGAAUAAGUCAGUGAAUAUGAGGAUAAAUAAAGAUGUAUUUGUUUUAUUUCA